AUGAAUAUCACGUCAGCCGCAGGGAUAAUAUCCCUGCUCGAUGAGCCUAUGCACGAAGUGAAAGAAUUUGCACUUAAAAGGUUGGAUAAUAUUGUAGACCAGUUUUGGCCAGAAAUAUCGGAAUCUAUUGAAAAAAUUGAAAUUCUCCACGAAGAUAAAGUGUUUUCGCAACAUCAACUUGCAGCUUUAGUGGCCAGUAAAGUGUAUUAUCAUCUGGGUGCUUUCGAAGACUCAUUAACGUACGCACUCGGUGCAGGUGAUUUGUUUGAUGUAAAUGCAAGAAAUGAAUAUGUUGAUACAACAAUUGCAAAAGCAAUUGAUUUCUAUACUCAAAAACGGAAGGCUUUGUUUGUGGACAGUUCAUCGGAACCAAUCGAUCCUCGCUUGGAGGCCAUCGUGAAUCGCAUGUUUCAAAGAUGCCUUGAUGAUGGACAGUAUCGACAGGCUCUUGGGUUAGCGCUUGAAACUCGUCGCAUGGAUAUCUUUGAACAAUCCAUCAUGAAAUCUGAUGAUAUACCAGGAAUGCUUCAGUAUGCCUUCACAGUUGCGAUGAGUCUACUGCAAAAUAGAGGAUUUCGUAGCACAGUUUUACGCUCCCUUGUGGGUUUGUAUAGAGGACUGAAUGUUCCAGACUAUGUCAACAUGUGUCAAUGCUUAAUCUUCCUCGAGGACCCAUUAUCGGUUGCGGAAAUUCUUGAUAAACUAACCCAUGGACCACAGGAAUCUGUUCUUAUGGCUUAUCAGAUAGCAUUUGACUUGUAUGACUCCGCUACACAACAGUUCUUAGGGAGAGUAUUACAAGCUUUAAGAACUACCGCACCUAUUCCCGGUGCCCUUGGUGGGAAACCACAACCUCAGGGUGGACCUUUUCCAGAAUCAUCGAUGGAAGUCGAUCAGGCACCUACUGAAGAAUCCAAGAAACCAGAAAGAGAUAUAGAUAGUCUGAAUGAUGAAGAAAAGGAGCAUCAAAAAAGGGUUGAAAAGUUAAUAUCCAUCCUAGGAGGUGACGUGUCUAUAGGGCUACAGUUACAGUUCUUAAUCAGGUCAAAUCAUGCUGAUAUGCUUAUUUUGAAGAAUACAAAGGAUGCCAUCAGAGUUUCUAUAUGCCAUACAGCAACAGUCAUAGCAAAUGCUUUUAUGCAUGCAGGGACAACCAGUGAUCAAUUUUUGAGGGACAACCUAGAAUGGCUCGCAAGGGCAACUAACUGGGCUAAGUUAACAGUUACAGCAUCUCUUGGUGUCAUUCACAGAGGUCACGAAAAUGAAUCGUUAGCUCUUAUGCAAUCAUAUUUACCGAAAGAAGCAGGCCCUUCAUCAGGCUACUCAGAAGGUGGUGGUCUGUAUGCUUUAGGCUUAAUCCAUGCCAACCAUGGUGCCAAUAUCAUUGACUAUCUUUUAACACAAUUAAAAGAUGCUCAGAAUGAAAUGGUACGCCAUGGUGGGUGCCUUGGUUUGGGCUUAGCUGCUAUGGGUACCCACCGGCAGGAUGUUUAUGAACAACUUAAAUUUAAUUUGUAUCAAGAUGACGCUGUCACUGGUGAAGCUGCAGGUAUUGCAAUGGGUAUGGUCAUGUUAGGAUCGAGAAAUGCAGCGGCUAUUGAGGAUAUGGUAGCUUAUGCCCAGGAAACUCAACACGAAAAGAUCUUGCGCGGUUUAGCCGUUGGUAUUUCGUUUACCAUGUAUGGACGACUUGAAGAAGCUGACGCUCUUGUUCAACAAUUACUUAGAGAUAAAGAUCCCUUAUUGAGACGUGCUGGUUGCUACACUAUUGCAACUGCGUAUUGUGGCACGGGUAAUAAUGAUUCUAUUCGUACCCUCCUUCACGUUGCUGUUUCUGAUGUUAAUGAUGACGUACGUCGCGCGGCUGUUACUGCUCUUGGCUUCUUGCUAUUUAGAACCCCUGAACAAUGUCCAUCUGUAGUUUCCCUACUAGCGGAGUCUUAUAACCCUCAUGUUCGUUACGGCGCUGCUAUGGCUUUGGGCAUAGCUUGCGCUGGUACUGGUAACCGUGAAGCUAUCGGUCUCCUAGAACCCAUGGUCAAAUUUGACCCCGUUAAUUUUGUCAGGCAAGGAGCGUUAAUUGCGUCAGCAAUGAUACUCAUUCAACAAACUGAGGCUCUCUGUCCUAAGGUCACAUACUUCCGUCAACUUUACGCACAAGUCAUCUCAAAUAAGCAUGAAGAUGUUAUGGCUAAAUUCGGCGCUAUCUUAGCUCAAGGUAUUAUUGACGCCGGUGGACGAAAUGUAACAGUAUCCCUUCAAAACAGAACCGGCCAUAUGAACAUGCUGGCUGUAGUGGGCAUGUUAGUUUUCACCCAGUAUUGGUAUUGGUUCCCACUUGCUCACUGCUUGUCCCUAGCAUUUACUCCAACUUGUUUGAUUGCACUUAACUCUGACCUAAAAAUGCCUCAACUAGAAAUAAAAUCAAAUUCGAAACCAUCGCUCUACGCUUACCCAGCACCUUUGGAAGAGAAGAAACGCGAAGAAAGGGAGAGAGUUACUACUGCCGUAUUGAGUAUCGCCGCUGCAAGAGCACGCAGGAGGGCGCACGGAACUGAUAGUUCUAGUAGCAGUGCUACAACUUCAACCACAUCAAAAAUGGAGGUAGAUGAAGAAGAAAAGAAGCCAUCAAAAUCGCCCAAUCCUAAUAUCACUGUUCAUGGUAAAUCCGAAAAGGAUGCCGCACCAUCGAAAGAAGGGAAAAAGGAAGAAAAAGAAGGCGAAGAAAAAGAGUCUAAAGAGAAGAAAGAACCUGAACCCAACUUUGAGAUUCUGAACAAUCCAGCUAGAGUAAUGAGGCAACAACUUAAAGGCAUAUCUAUUGUUGAAGGCUUUGGUUUUUCUCCUUUGAAAGACAUUACCAUUGGAGGUAUUGUUAUGCUAAAUCACUCUGGUGAUGUUGAGCAAUUUCUUGUUGAACCUGUUGCAGCGUUUGGUCCAAAAACGGAGGAAGAGAAAGAGCCCGAGCCACCAGAACCAUUCGAGUACUUGGAUGAUUGA